CCGUCAUCUGCCUUCAGUGCUGAGGCCUGUGCUCAUCUGACGGGAGACGGACGGCAGAAAACGCAGGGAAGAGGUUUAUUUCUCUGCAGAUUUUUCAGAGUCACAGGAGACUCAUCUGUUCGUUCUGUUCCUCCAGUCGACAUGAAGGCAGCAGCGCCCCUGCUGGCUCUCCUGCUCCUGCUGGACGCCACCCUCGCUGCAGAGCAAACCACAUUUUCACAGAACAAAUACAUGUCCACAGAGUCCUGUCGGGGUCAGUGCGGGUCCUUCGAUCCACAGAGAACUUGUCAGUGCGACUCCCUGUGUUAUUUCUAUUCGAGCUGCUGCCCAGACUAUGACACGGCCUGCCCCAAAAAGACUCGUGGCGAUACAUUCGCGACAGAAGACGACCUCAUCAUAACAACCACGCCUCCGACCACGACCGCCGCUCCGGCUGCAGCCGAGGCCUUGUCUUCUCUGACCGCCAACAUCACGGACGCACCUGUGGAUCCGGACGCAGCGCCCUGCAGUGGUCGUCCUUUUGAUGCCUUUCUGCAACUGAAAAACGGAUCCAUCUACGCAUUCAGAGGUAGAUAUUUUUUCGAGUUGGACGACAAGGCCGUACUUCCCGGUUACCCCAAACUGAUCCAGGACGUGUGGGGGAUGGACGGCCCCAUCGAUGCUGCCUUCACACGCAUCAACUGCCAGGGAAAAAGCUACAUCUUUAAGGGGAAGAAGUACUGGAGGUUUGAUGGAGACGUCCUGGACGAGGACUUUCCACGGGACAUUUCCACCGGCUUUGACACCAUAGCGAACGACGUCGAUGCUGCGUUCGCUGUGCCGGCACCGAGCUACCGAGGCCAAGAGAAGGCCUACUUCUUCAAAGGGGACAGAUAUUAUGAGUAUGAGUUCAAGCAGCAGCCUUCACAUGAGGAGUGUGUCCAGAUGAGCAGGUCGUCUCCAUCUGUGCUGUUUACUCAGUACACUGACCUCUUCUGUGACCAGACGUGGGGGGACAUGUUGGCUGAGUUCUUUGGAGGCAUAUUCAGCGAUCACCAAACCGGCCCUCGGUUGAUCAGCAGGGACUGGCGUGGCUUCAGGCCGCCUGUAGAUGCUGCGUUGGUGGGACGCGUCUCCAUCAGCUCCAGUCCGACGCCCACGUCUCCUCCGAUACCCAAGAAACGCAGCGGCUGGAGAAACAAGAAGGUCAACAAGAGACGUGGUGGACGCAGACGUCAGAGUCGCCACGUGUUGUUUGACGACUUCUGGGGUUUGUACGACGACUGGAUGGACUACGACUACGGGGACAUCUUCGCUGAGAGCGCCCCCCAGGAGGAACAGAAGGGCACUCCUGUUCAAAACAUUUACUUUUUCAAAGGAGACAAAUACUACAGAAUGAACCUACAGACAAAACGCGUGGACUCUGCCAGCCCUCCUUACCCACGUUCCAUUGCAAAAUUUUGGCUAGGCUGCACGGAUGAAGAGACAACAACAGCUGAAUCAAGGGCAGAGAACAAGAAAUAGAGUUUUGUUUUUGUUUUUUUUUAAAUAGAUAAAACCAUUCAAUAACAAAACCAUCCACUAGGAGGGAAACCUGAAUGUUGCAGAAAUCCUUUGCAUUUGACUAAACCUUAACAUGUGGACAUUGUCGUGGUCACUAAGUUAAAUUAAUCACUUUGGUGAAGUAGUCAGUGUACGGACCUGUGUUCUAGAACUCCAAAAAAAAAA